GGGAGGGACUACAGCGAAAAUCUUUCCUCCCAAGCAGACGAGGACUCGAGGCUACGUUUUCAGUUUCGUUAAAGGCAUUUAGUCAUCGAUCUAUUAUUAUUCCUCUAUGCAAAGUAUUCUGGCAUGAUGAAGAAUGAAUUCUAAAGAAGGAUGCUGCGGACUCAGAACGCCGUGGGGAAAUAACUGAAGUGAACCAGCGGAAAGAAUCGAAUGGCUUCUGUAGAGCUGCUUUAUAUAGAUAAGGAAGGAAAAGGCAGACAACCCGAUCCUCCCCGCGUCCUUGACUGGGCUUCCAAUCCGGUUCAUGUUCGUAAAGCGAGCAGUUCAGCCGGAGGGGCGCUCUCUAUCUCAGCUCCGGGCUGCAAAGGACUGUGUAAUUCAGCACCAAGGACGGUUCCCCUUAACGGACGUCCGCAUUUUAAACACGGUCACCCUGCGGUGGAGAAGGUCAGAGUGUGCUGCGAAGAGGAAUCAGAGACAUCUUUCACCUUUGUCGACGAGAAUGUGAAUUUGCGCCUGCCAAGCCCUGGGAAAAGUGGGGAAAGUAUCCACAAAUCCUGGUGUAGGCCUAAUGACUCUGCGAGCGACAUUCGGCCCGAAGGGUUGCAUGAGCUCUCCCUAAUGUCAGAUGAUGAUCUCGCAUCAGAAAGUUCGGGGGCAUCUGUAGAUUACGGUUUUAUAAGCGCAGUCACUUUCCUAGUCACUGGGAUCUCGUUAGUGAUUAUAUCCUAUGCAGUCCCUCGCGAGGUCAACGUGGACCCGGAGAGCGUGUCCGCGAGGGAGAUGGAGAGGCUGGAAAUCGAAAGUGCCAGGGUAGGGGCACACCUGGAUAGGUGCGUGAUAGCAGGGCUUUGUCUACUGACUCUGGGCGGGGUAGUGCUGUCCACUCUGCUAAUGAUAUCUAUGUGGCAGGGAGAGAUGUACAGGAGAAAGGCCUUUGCAUAUUCCAAGCACUCAGCGAAACUAUAUGGCUCCAUCAUUUUAAAAACGAGGUCUAGCCCUAGUCGAUCGUCCGCACACCUGUCUAUGAAGGAAGAUAUAGACGAGACCUUGAAUUAAAAUGAUAUCCGGUUGACAAAAUACUUGGUCUUGUGUUACUAAGCCAGGCCAACACAAUAAUGUAUGAUGUAGGUUCUCCAGACCCAAAGCGUGCAACCGGAACGCAUCAGUCGGUCUACCUACAGUACAUUAGCAUAACUUGUAAAAUGUUCAUUUGUUUUAAUAUCCAAGAUUAUGAAGUAUACAUUGUCUUACAGUAUCAUCUCCAUAUCAUUUAAUGGACGUGCAAGGUAUAGGCCUAUUUAAGCAGAAUGAAUAAGCAUGACAACAAAAAUAAAAAAUAAAAACAUUACUUUUUUUUUUUUUUUUACUUGUUUUUGGAAAUGGGAAAUGCUGGGUCACAUUGUUUCAUAAAUGCAAUCUCUGAGAGGUUUCAUUUAUUAUUAAGGUGAUCCAUUUUUUAUGUGAAAGUGCCCGACAGUUAGUAAUGUGAUGCACACACGCAUUUUAGAGGGAAAAAUGUCUGUCCCAUGAGUUUAGAAAGUGAGAUGUAUUAGCCUAGUCUAGUGCACUAUAUCAAAUCUGAUAUGUCAAAAUCUGCUCAGUGGUGCACAUGCUAACAUCCAAUGGCCUUUUUUACUUCCUCAAUGCGGGUGAGCCUAAUUCUCACUGUGGUUUCUCCCUGUGUGUGUGUAUCUGUGUGUGUACGGAGGGGGGGGCACAUAAUCACACAUGAAAGACUUGCCCCAGUUUAUAAAGCUGUCCUGCCCUGUAUUGUACUGCACUGUGUUGUACUGCACUGUAUUGUACUGCACUGUGUUGUACUGCACUGUAUUGUACUGCACUGUGUUGUACUGCACUGUAUUGUACUGCACUGUGUUGUACUGCACUGUAUUGUACUGCACUGUGUUGUACUGCACUGUAUUGUACUGCACUGUGUUGUACUGCACUGUAUUGUACUGCACUGUGUUGUACUGCACUGUAUUGUACUGCACUGUAUUGUACUCCACUGUAUUGUACUCCACUGUGUUGCACUGUACACGUCAAAUAACCUACUUCUAAUGUACUGUAACCGCAGUAUAUGCAAUUAUCAUACUUGAAUGAUCACGCAACACGAGAACUCACUGGAUCACAAUAUAACAAUGUAAUGAAUCUUUAAGAGAAAUAGGCUUUUAUUUAUAGGCUAGGCCUACGCUACCAAUGUUUUUAUUAUAGGCUGCUAAUGGACGUACAUCCUACGACACUCUAAACCGUAUUGUAUUCCCACGAGGAGUCUCAGAUAUGCCUUUAAAAUGUUACUGGAAAAGGGAUCUGUUUCUUUCAACAAACCAGAAACGAUGGGUGCAACAAAAACAGGAAAUGUUCUAUUCAGUUCAUAGAACUGUUGGUUGAGAAUGACUUUCUCCAUGGUGAAGUGAGACACAUCACCACUGUCAUUUGCGACCGUCUCUGUGUUGUCGGCCUACUACUGUAGCCUUUGAGUCAAGAGGCGUCAAAGGGGUCUUGUUACCUUGAAAAUGGUUCCAUGAUUUCAAUUCUUUCAAAAGCCUUUAUUCACAAUCACAAGUGCUUGCCUCGAGGGGAAAUAUGCGUGCUGGAUAUCACUAGAAACAGCUCAUUCAUGUUGUCAUUUUGUGGGGCAAAUUCAUGUUGUCAUUUUGAGGGGCAAAUUCAUGUUGUUGGCUAUUAAUUAUAAUCGUCAUGUGUUUUCCACUCUACUGUUCGAUCAUGCAUAUACGGUAAUGGAAUAAAAUA